CGGGGAAAAGCCGUCUGAGCGCUUAAAAAAAAUAGAACUCCCAACACACGCGCGUAGCAGCCGGAUGAAGGUUCUCCGUCACCCUUUGUGUUUUGGACGUUUAUAAUAUUUCAGUCGGGCGGAGGGUGACGCUGAAAGAGCCGCGAGACACCAACGGACACGGCGAGCGCGCAUCACGGCCCGAGCGUUUCCCACGGAACCAGAACCAGAACCAGGCGGCGUUAGCAGCGCUAGCUCCGGCAGGGACCCGCCGGCUCCGUUAACGCGGCCAGCGGACAUGCUCACGCGCCCCGUGACGGACGAAGCCGUUCGGUUGUAAGCCGGCCUCCGCCCAGAUGAACGCGGGAUGGCGUUGACGCUCGCGGACGCUUUGCUGGUCUGAAGCCAGCUAACUUUAGCCUGGCAGGCUGCGCGUGCGACCUGGGCCCCGCUCCGCAUCCCGAUCCCUGCGCUUCAGUCAAACUCCUGGGCCAUGGACUUCCCGGGCCACUUCGAGCAGCUCUUCCAGCAGCUCAACUACCAGCGGGUCCACGGUCAGCUGUGCGACUGCGUCAUCGUGGUGGGGAGCCGACACUUUAAGGCCCACCGCUCGGUGCUGGCGGCCUGCAGCACCCACUUCAGAGCCCUGUUCACGGUCGCAGAGGGCGAUGCCAGCAUGAACAUGAUCCAGCUGGACAGCGAGGUGGUGACGGCUGAAGCUUUUGCUGCUCUGGUGGACAUGAUGUACACGUCGACGCUGAUGCUGGGGGAGAGCAACGUGAUGGACGUUCUCCUCGCAGCCUCCCAUCUGCACCUUAACAACGUCGUCAAAGCCUGUAAGCACUACCUGACCACGCGCACCCUGCCCAUGUCUCCCUCAUCCGACAGACCGGCCCACCACCACCCGCAGCCGGACCAGCAGAGACACAGGCAGCAGCAGCAGCAGCAGGUGGCAGGAAACGCUAACCUGGCAGCUAACGCCGCUACGUCCAAGCUGCAGCGCACCUUCCUGCUCCAGCAGCUGGGUCUCAGCCUGGUGAGCUCCGCUUUGGGGGGGAUGGAGGACAGCGGCGUGGGAACCGGAGCGGGCAGAGGGGUGGAGCAAAGAGCCUCGUUCCCCGUCAGGCGUUUCCACAAGCGCAAGCCUUCCCUCGUGCUGGGCCUGUCGGAGGAGCGGCCCAGGCAGCGGCCGCGUCCCUCUGCUAACAUGGGCUUGUUAGGAAGUGAGGGGAUGAAUGCAGAGCAGGACGAGAGAGCACUGCUCUCCCCAGACUCCCACAAGAUGGGGGAUGAGUCGAAGUUGGACGCUGCCAUCGGCGGCCUGGUGGGCGUGUCCCCGGAUGAUGCCCAGAUGCCCAGCCAGUCGGACAGCGGACACUGUGAGGCGCACGAUCUGGGAAGUAUGCAGGGAGGCGUGAGCAAGGAGGAGGACAUGGAUGACCAGGAGCACCAGGAUAACCUGGUGGUGAAGAUUAAGUCAAAUACAGAGGAGGAAGAGGCCGAAGAGCAGGAGCAGAAGGUGGUGGUGAAACGAGAGCCGCUGAGCUCACCUGAGCCCACGGAUGAAACGAGCGACGUGACGUCGCAGGCGGAGGGCAGUGACCCCGCGGAGCCCGGAGGCCGGGAGGAGGAGGAGAAGGUGGAGCUGAGCCCGGAGAGCAGCGACCGCAGCUUCACCUCCGAACCCCAGCCCAGCUCUGAGUCUCUGCUGCCGCCCAGAGAGCAGCUCCUCCUCAAGAGCAGCAUGGGCGGCGGCAGCGGCGUCGCAGGAGGUUUCGGAUGCACCGGUGGAUUAAACGGGAAACCUGGUUUUAAUAUUUCCAGCUUUCUUAACCCGAAGGACUUUGGGGGUGGCGGCGCAGGGUUGAUUACAGGAGAAGAUGAGCUCCCUAACACCACGACUGGGGAUGGACAUCACUUCCUUAUGAGACAGGAAGCUGCCGGGCCGUCUGGUUCUGCUUCGUCCUCUCUCCUGCAUCCAAGUCCACUCGGUGGCGACAGUCGAAGCAGCUUCGGGGACAACCUCCAACACGACUCUCUGUUCCUCCGGCCCCUGCAUGAUAGCUUGGGAAACCCCAGAGGGAGUGGGGGGAGCGUAGGUGGAGGACGCGGAGGGGUCGAUCCCUUUAGUCUGGAAUUCCAGCGCUCCAGUCUGGGGCUUCACUCUCUGGGGCGACCCUCGCGGGGCGCGAACGCCGCCGCCCUGGCUUAUCCCGGUUACAGACGCAUCGCGCCGAAAAUGGCGUCCGGCAUGGGGGAUGAAGGGGUCGGCGGCAUCCUUCAGGACGCCGCGUCCUCCUCCUCGAGCCUGGCAAGCCCGCUGCUCCUGAACGAGAGCGGCGGCUAUGAGCUCAACGGCGGUCGGCCCACCUCCCUCCCCCCGCAGCUCACCCGGGCUUCCGCAGACGUCCUGUCCAAGUGCAAGAAGGCUCUGUCGGAGCACAACGUCUUGGUGGUGGAGGGAGCCCGGAAAUACGCCUGUAAAAUCUGCUGCAAAACGUUCCUCACCCUGACGGACUGCAAGAAGCACAUCCGCGUCCACACGGGAGAGAAACCCUACGCCUGUCUCAAGUGCGGCAAACGCUUCAGCCAGUCGUCUCACCUCUAUAAGCAUUCCAAGACCACCUGCCUGCGCUGGCAGAACAGCAACGUGUCCAAUGCAAUGCUGUAAGACAGUAAAGCGGUGCAGUGGGACAAAUGAUCGGUCAUCACUUAUGGGCUUUGUUAAAAUACCUAUAAAUGUCAUUGCUGAAGCUGUAUUGGAUCAGCUGCCUCACUAAAAGCCCUGAUCUCACCAAAGACAGGGCGAUGAUACAUUUGCUUUUACAAGUGAGAUGCAGACUAGAGGCUACAGUUAUAACAAGUGGGCAUGCAUAAAAAUAACAUGGAUGCAGGAGAAAUAGUAAUAUAGCUAUAAUAUAGCUCUCUGUGGGAGGAGCGUGAGGAAGAUUUUCCAGUCGAUGCAGUAAACGGACUGUGUGUAAUAGGAUGCAAGUCAAGACCCUGAAAAGAAAUGUAAGUUGAUCUACAGAGCCAGACGAGACUUGCUGAAAACCCCACUUAUCCAGAUUGUGCACUACACGAUUCUGAUUCACUUUUGGAGCCGAUAAUACUCAAAGCAAACUGUUUUCUGUCCUGUGUAGCAGGUUUAGGGAAGUGCUGAAGACACGUGUCGCUUGUUUGAAGUCUGGAGUUGGUUAGAAAGUCUGUCAUCUGGCCAUGUUAUAGACAGAUAUGUUAUAAGCUUUUAGCAAGAAUAAUAAAUCAGUUUGUAGUUUUGGGAGCUCUGGGUUUUAACAGGAAAAAGCUACUGAUGCAUUUACUCCUGCGGUUUUAAAGUACACUUUUUAGGUGAAAUCUAGAAUUGUCCUGAUCAACCUCUAAUUGUAAUUUACCAAACAGAAAUACUUUAGCUCUUUAGAGAUUUGUCAGCUUUGAGUGCAGACAAAAACCCACAGUGAUGUUAAGGAAGCUUAUCUUGUGUAUUGUUCAUUGGUAACAGAUGCGACCGACAAGGUUAUCUGAAGAAAAGUCCACCGAACAUUGGGAAAUGGUGUAGAAAUGUAAAUAUUGCACAUUUGUGGUUGGUUUUAUGAAUUUUGUUUUUAAACAUAAACUUGUGUUUAGGUUUGUUACUGUACUCACUUCUUUUAUGUGUGUCUCUUUAUACACGUAAUGUCGUUACAAAAGACAAAUCCUUCUCAUAUAUAUAUACAUAUAUCUAAUGUGUUUACUGGAAUGUUGAUAUAUUAAAACACUGGUAAAAGGCGACUGUUACAGUUACACUAUAUUAGUUGCACUAUAUAUGUCCAGCUUUUACAUUAUAAUUUAUUAUUAAACUGUAUAAAAAUACUUUACAUUGAAACCUGGAAAUUGUUACAAACAAACAAAGAGCCUUUAUUUAAAUUGAAUUUGAACCGAAAACAUUUCUCCAUCAACCUACUGUGGGUUGUCGGGUCCCAGCAGACCGUGAAUAGGAGCGCCUUCAUCGGUGCAAGGCUGAUCAGUGUUCAUGCAGUGUUGUAAUGUUCUGUUUUAGUGAACUAUGACAAAAGAGUUGACACUUAACGUCGAUGUUUGCCUUCUUUCGCUUUAUUGCCUGCUGUAUCGUGUCACCCACACACAGUCAUCCUUUCCAUUUCUAGUCAGCACCUUCCAUUGUACUGUAGAUUUCCUGAACUGUUGGCCUGUGCAAAAUGGCAGAUUUUGUUCACCAUGUAUGUCUUUGGAUACUGCUCAGAUUUAAUUUAAAGAGGAAGCAUUUUCCUGAAGGGUCUCCUUCUCAUUAACAUAAGCUAGCAUACAGUUUGCUGUGUAAUUUCUGACAUUAUGGUCAGGGGUGGAGUUUUAAAUAUCCCCACUCACAAUGAAUAUUAACUGUGUUGUAUGGUCCUCUGUCAAAUGCAGUCUUUUCUUUCUUUAUGGAAAGAAGUAAACGUCAUAAUAAUGAGCUAUAAAGGAGUCUAAAAUUGUUUCCAUGUCUCACACAGUGACCUGUUAGGAAUUCUAAUGGUGCUGUACUUUGAAGGUGUUGAUGUGAAUCUGGGGGGGAAUAAGCACUGACUGGAAUAUCUCUUUAUGAAUAUGCCAAAAAAGUCAAACAAUGUGUGUGUAAAAAGGCCUCGAUUCGAUUGAUGACAAACGUCACUGCCUUAUGCCCUGUAGCUUGAAAAGCUGGGCCUCUGUUGCCAAACCUAAAGGACUUCUGUUCUGUUUGCCUGACACAGUGUAACCACGAGAGGACUAAAUGUUUGUCUUUCUGCUGUUGAAGUCUAUGAAGCGUCAUAGUGUGUUCAGUUCUCGUACAGACUGAAUAAAAACAAUCACAUUCA